AUGGAAUCCUCCAGCGAGUCAGACGCCUUCGACCGGACGAAGGGGCUGAGAUCACGGUCACGGGGGCGGGAUGCCAGCUCCAGACUGCGACGGGAAAGUCACAGAACAGGUCCUGAUGCUGCAGGCAUUUCUGAGAAAAUUAACACCUUGGCGAGUACUUUACAGGUAGGCUAGUCUCCUUUCUUUUCCCUGCUAAUGGCAGUCAAGAACUGUGUAUGCAGUUGUGGAAAUAUUUGCCUUGUUAUCAGUGGCGGCUGGUGAAAAAUAUUCUCGGUGGGGCUGUGCCAUACUUUUUUUUUCCUGUAACCAUCGCGAUAUAUUUUAACACAAACUGCAGGAAAGCAGUGCUCAGUGAAACAUUCAGUAAUUAUUUAAUGCCAAUAUUAAAAAGUUGAGGCAUUCUUACACAAAAACAUAUUACACAAACCCAAGCCUUUCAUUUGCAUUUAAAGUGAACUUUUCACCAUUGGUAGUAAACAGGCAACGCAACAGGCAUGCUGUCAGAACAGAGUGGAAAGUGGACAAUAACAUGAAAUUAUUAUAAAGUUUAUAGGAAAUCUUACACUGUAUAAAAGGAUGUAUAAUAUAGAAAUGGAUAUCAAGUGGAUGAACUCAAACCUUUGACUGGAAGAAUAGCAUACAGUAUUUUAUGAUCAUACUAAAUGUGACUAAUUGUUAAUGUGCUCCAGAACUGCAACAAUUAAUUGAUACAAAACAACAUAUAUACAGUAAUAUUAGCAAAGACACUAUUAAGACUUUCUAGAGUACCAUAUAUAACUGGAUUUUUUAUGCUAAGGUCAACUAUAUACAAAGAAACAUGCGGCCAGAGCUGCUCUGUGUGUGUGUGUCUGUCAUCUUAUUUGUACAGGAAUUUUAUAUAUAUAUAUAGACAGACAGACAGACAGACAGACAGACAGACAGACAGACAGACAGACAGAUAGUGUGUAUAUACACACAAACUAUGUCUAGUAACUGCUUUUAACCUGUGAUGUACAUAAUUAACUGAUGUUAUUACGUUUUAAAGCCUUUUUCUAUUACAUUUGUGAGGGGGAUGCAACAUCAUUUUGUUCUGCUGUGCACUUAGCAAUAAAGUUAAUCUUCAAUAACAACUAGGCCUCUUCUAGAAAUUGACCUGGUGGACACCUGAAUAAUUAUUACAAACUGUGUAGUACUUUCCUGCAUUAUUAUCAACGUCUGAUUGUGUCUUCUCUUUCCUUUUAAAAUACUAAAACAAAUAUAAUUGUGACGGCUCUAUGAUAAUCACUCACUUUGAUGACCAGACACAUUUAGGCUUUUAAACUGUUGUAAGUGAACUAUUCAUCUUUCUAACAACAUCUUUAUCAGCCAAUAGUAAAUAUAGUUAUUUACCUGAUUGUUAGCAUGCUGUCUGUGAACCUCUGGACAAGUGCUUUAAUGAAGACAGGGUCGAUGUUCCUCUUCUGCAGCUGGCUGAAAAGCAUGUCCACAUUUGGCAUGAUCUUGUGGAACAGUGCCAGGAAAAAACAGAAAGCCUCGUCUUCGAGCAUCCUCACAAAGCCCCCCGCCUCUCUGACAGUCGGGGCAUCAAAGUUCCCAGAGUCUCUGAUGGUCUGGAAACACGUUAGUGGGUGGAAACGUCAGUCGUCUCGUCAGCUUGAAUGGCGAUAAAAUCAGCACUCUUUACUUCCUCCAGGAUGUAAUCCUUAAGCACUGACAGCAUACAUUCCAACAGCUCGUUCUGUAUCGUCUUUGACGUGCCCUUAAAAACGGUAGCUGUCUUCAGGUGCUCCUCCAGCACACUGUCGAGGGAGGCAACAAAAUCCACUAAGCCCCGGAAAAUGCCGGGGUUGUCCGAGGAGUCAGUCUCCUCGUGCCCACGCAAGGCCAACUCAAAAGCCCCACAGAACUUCACACAAUCGAUAAUUUUGGAUAGAAUGUGCCUGUUUUUAUCCACCUCCUCAUUGUGUUUCCUCACCGCAAUCCUGUGGCCGUCAUCCAGCUGCGUAGCAAUGUUCACCCUUCCUAAUACAGCUAGCUUUACAGAGUUGUCCAUGUGUGCCCUGGUGUUCUCAUGUUUCUUUACCUUCUCUGACAGGUGCUUCAUAUCCCUCACUCCGGUACCUGUCCAUGCUGAAUCUGACCCCGUCCGGCCUGUCGUUUUAAAAAGCAAGCACGGAAAGCAAAAUAAAGCAUUAGCAUCAGUGCACCCAGCUAGCCAAGCCUUCCUGGUGUACCAGCUACGGGAGAAGCCGCGCAUAUACUGCUUCCCUUUCUCGCUAGCCUGCUGUCUGAUUGAGAGGUCAGGUUGAUCUGGGCCCAGCUCUUUCACCCGAACUUUCUCUGACAAAGUUCUCCUCUCAAACGGAUCUUGGAGGAGAGAUUUCACCGAGUUAGGGUUGGGUCUUGGAGGAGUAACGUUUGCGCUCACCAUUGUCGUCUAGUAAAAAUGGCGCCACUGGAGCCCGGUCCUUAUUUUAUCAGGGGCGAGCUUGGGGCGAUAAAAUAAUCGCCCUCCUUGGAUUCGAAUUAAAAUCGCUGAUUAGCUACAUUUUAUGUCAUACAUUCAUAUCUUAAAUUAGCAAUUGGCUUAACUGCUACGUAGACCCGCCUCCUCGGGGCACUUUCUGUAUCGCCCAGAGCUGACGAGGCGUUUGACAGGCAGAGGAAAGGUUGCGAAUAUGAUUUUCUAUCAUAUCUUACACAUAUUACUGUGUGCAUUCCAUAUUUCAAACACACAAAUAUUGACAUACUGAUGUUUUUAUUAUUAUUAUUAUUUUUAUUUAUUUUUUAUUUUAUUUUUUUAAAUAAUUUUAUUUAAGGGGGCGGCGCCCUAGCGCCCUCUAUCGGCCAGCCGCCACUGCUUGUUAUUUACAAACAACAUGUGACAGAUUAAUCUAUUGAAACCAAUCAAAACCUUUCGAAUAUUUUGCAUACGAAUUGUCUUUCCUAAUACCAUUAUAGCCAGCACUAAUGGCUAAUUUCUCCUUCUAGGACACUAGUAGGAAUUUGAACAAAGUGGACCGGAUGCUGGGGCAAUACAGAGAGCACACAGAUGACCAGGCAGAAGCCAUGGCAGCAGUAAGUAAAACAUUGUCAAAAAUGUAAUGUCUGCAACUGUUUAGUUUCAGUUGCCCACGUCUCAUUUUAUACAUGAAGGUUGUGUGCUGUAAAACUCAGUCAACACAUUGUCAGAAGUUCUCUAGUACAUCUUGUCUCUCCCUCUCCCCCCUCCCUUCCUCCCUCCCCCUCUCUAGUUGAGGGAUAAUCUGGAGGAGUCUAUCUCUCAGCUGCAGAGCCAGAGGCUGCGUAAUUCCUCAGGGGUCCGGAGUGCCUCAGCCUCCACCCUGCACACCAGCGACCUGGAGGCUGGCUAUGGCUCAGGUGAUAUAUGCUAUAUAUAAUGUCUAGAUGUGAGACCUAUGACAGACAGAUAGUCAAGGUCAAAAGACCAGGGGGCAGGUGGAAUUAAUUUAGAAACUUUACUUAUUAUAACUGUUUUAUUUCGAAAAACAAUUCUGUGCUGUUAUACAGUUAUAGAAUAGUUAUAUAGCCUACAGUUUAUUAUGUUUAUGUUUGUAGAGGGCCAGCGCUUCUACCCCACGUCUCCCUUGAAGGACUAUGGGAGAUCUGAGUCGGCCGGAGAAGGAGGAGCGAGAAGGAGGUCUAGAUCAGCUACAGUCCGCUUCAGAGACCCCAGCCUGCCAGACGGGGAUGUAAGUCCUGAGACCACCUUAUCUGUCAAAGCUCUGCAUGUUCGAUGUCGUCACUUCAACGCUCACUGUUGCAGUGCAGUUAGAGGCAAGAACCAGCAGAGGGCGCGUUGCAUUGUUUUUGUGCCCUAAAGUUUUCUCAGUAACAGUUGAAUCUGGUAGUAUCAGGGUACGACAGUGGUAUAACAGUAUUAUGCAGCCCUUGUUAACGUUUUAAGGAGUGCAAGUGUUCUCUUUGUCUUCUUCCUCCUCAGGUCCACGUCCUGCACCAGUCAUUCAGAGACCUGCGCAGUGAUCAGCUGAGACUGGGGGACGACAUGGACAGAGAAAUCCUCAGGAGGAACAGGUAGAGGCCCUGUGAGGUCCAAAAUGUACCAUUUAUUAAUUAAUUAAUUAAUUCCUGUUUCCCUGUUUCUAAGGUCUGACAUUGACACCAGGCGAGCCUUGGAGAAUCUCUCUGAGCACCUGACGACUUCACAGAGACAGGACUCGGUAAGUUAGGGACAUAACAGUAACAUAACAGUACGAAAAUGUAUGCACUCACUACCGUAAGUCGCUCUGGAUAAGAGCGUCUGCUAAAUGACUAAAAUGUCAAUGUAAUAGCAUCAUACAUGAAUUCCACAUUAAAUACAUAACUGUAAAAACAUUAUUCCAACGUUAGGUGCUCCACUCUAGAUGUGAUCUUAGAAAGCUUAGUGCUGUAACCUACAGUGACUUUCUCCCUUCAGAUGUCGUCUCGUGUGGAGAAGCGUCUGCAGGAGAUCGAGAGGGAGAUGUGUUCGGAGCGACAGAACGUGUCAGAGAGACGACCAGAACAGCGGGGGAACAUGUCUGAUGAACUGCAGGAGGUGGGACACCUUGACUUCUACCCUUCCCUAAUAUAACCCACAUUCAUCUCACACCAUCCACCCCUCUCAUCCAAACCAUUCUAGCUGUCCUCCCGUCCCUGCAAUUAGCCUUUUCCAUGUCAGUGUUGUUUUCAAAUUAAGACCAGAUCCGAAGGUUGCCACUGGGGGGCAGUGUUUAACUAUGUAUCAGCUCUAACCCUCUCCUCCCCUCCUCAGACAGAAGCAGUGAUAAGAGAGGUGGCUAAGUCAUUUGCAUCUCUUUCCACUGCAGAGAGCUUCUUCUUCUAAUGAGAAGCCGGUUGCCCAAGGCUAGGGGAAAAUAAUGUAUGUGUUCUCAAAUUAAGGGUAAAUAUACAAGAGGAGAGGAAAUGAAGAGGAAAAUCAUCUCUUUUACUAAAGGGAGAAGGGGCAAGGGAGAGGUCGGCCUUUGUAGUUGUAUUAUAAGGCUACACUCCAGUGGGCCUACUCUACUCUACUGUACUGCCAUGAUGUGAAUGAAUGGAAAGGAUGAGUCAUUUGGUGGAUGGUGUGUUAUGGGGCUGUAAUACAUCACUAAGCCUUUACAAAACACCACAGAAACAGGAGUGUGUGGGAUGGGAUGCUAAGCUCUAUUAGAAACCCAACACAUGAUCUCUUUGAGUGGAGAUGGAAGCUAGCUAGCCAUCUACUGUAACACUAUUACUCGUGUUUCUCCUCCUGACUGUUCGGUUAUCAACUAGCCUAAAGGCUAUUCUUCUCCUUAGCUUUUUCCAUUCUCAACUUGCCUACAGGCUAAAAGGCACGUUAGUUAAUUUAGUUUGAAUGUGAUACUACAUACUAAAUGUAUACAUUUACAUUUUAGUCAUUUAGCAGACGCUCUUAUCCAGAGCGACUUACUUACAGUUAGUGAGUGCAUACAUUUUUCAUACUGGCCCCCCGUGGGAAACGAACCCACAACCCUGGCGUUACAAGCGCCAUGCUCUACCAAGUGAGCUACAGGGGACCUAUAGUGCUGUGGUGUGUGUACAUGUACGUAUCAUUCAUAUACUCUCUAUGGUUUCCUUAUCAAGGCUCUGAGGAGGCGAGAGGCUCGGGACCUGGAAACUGAGGAGGCCGUCAAGAACAAACUACUGAGAUCAGAGAGCGCGAAGACCAAGGUGUGUGUGUCUGCGCUUGUGUGUCUGCGCUUGUGUGUGUGUGUGGUAGGUGCUGAUUUUGGAAGUGGACUGCUCAUUUGAUUGUUACAUGGAACAGGCCUUUUCUGACAAGCUCAUUAAAUACCAGCCCCUUGUAUCACGCCUGGACAGCCUGGGAUAGCAAUGCAAGUUGGUGGCAUUGAUAUUUGGCAGUCUCGGCCACGUACAUAGGCUUACUGUACGCAGCCUUCAGAUUGCAGGCCUGCCUAAGAGUAGAACAAAACAACUGACUAGGUACUGCUCUGUUUCCGCCGUUAUGGGCAGACCAGCUGUGUGGAGGAGAAGGUGCUUUUUGUGUCCUUGCAUCAACGACCUUUGAAAUGUUUGAAUCCUUUAUGAUGUGGCGCAGUGGUCUAAGGCACUGCAUCACAGUGCUAGCUGUGCCACUAGAGAUCCUGGUUCGAAUCCAGGCUCUGUCGUAGCCGGCCGUGACCGGGAGACCCAUGGGGCGGCGCACAAUUGGCCCAGCGUCGUCCAGGGUAGGGGAGGGAAUGGCCGGCAGGGAUGUAGCUCAGUUGGUAGAGCAUGGCGUUUGCAACGCCAGGGUUGUGGGUUCGAUUCCCACGGGGGGCCAGUAUAAAAAAAAUAAUGUAUGCACUCACUAACUGUAAGUCGCUCUGGAUAAGAGCGUCUGCUAAAUGACUAAAAUGUAAAUGUAAUGUGAUUUGUGGAUUCAAAUUAAAGUAUUUAAAAAGUGUGUGUGCAUGCAAAUCAUACUUUAGGCAUAUAUUCUGUAUCCCACUUUCUGCCUUUUCAAAGUCGAAGAAUGCAGAUGAUAUCAUUCUAUAAGAGCUGAAGUACUUCCUGGUUGUAUAAUGAAAAGGAUCUCAUGAAUGUGCCUGUAUCUGUCGAGGUCAUGUGUAGGGCAAGGUUUUUCUUCCUGACCGUGUGACCUGACCAGAUAAAACUCUUGGCACUAAUCAUGUGAUCUGUCCUCCAGAUGGAGGCGGAGCUGGAGAAGGCCAGGAGACAGCUGGACCAAUCAGAAGGAGGCAGGUGCGCUCUUCUACAACAGGUACUCGAGUAGCUCUUCUUAAAGGUGUGUGUGUAGUGUUGGGUGCUACAGUGUUAAUCAAAUUCAUAUUCUGUGUGUGGGUAAACUCCUCCAUGUGUGUGUUCCCAGGUAGAGGAGAUGCGUGUGCAGCUGCUGAGGACAGAGAAGGAGCGUAUGGAUCUGCAGAGGGAGAUCUCCCAGCUCACUACCCAGCCCAGAGCCACUCGCAUGGACAGGGAGGAGAGAGGAGCAGGACUGGGACUAGGUACUGACUGCUGGAGCUCUCAUGGGUUAAUGGUUUUUCAGUGGAGGUUGUCGGCUAAAGGAGGGGAGGGGAGGAGAGUGAAUGCCUGGGCUUAGGUACUGACCUACUGCUGCCCACAGGAAUACGUUUUUUUUCUUCAGAAAUUGUGGAGGUUGCAUCCUGUCUGAACACUAAAUGAAGGCUGUGUGGAUUUGGCAUGUGUGUUAUCUGACGUGUAGAGCAUGGCAUGUGUUGUCUGACUUCGAAUGUGGUGUGUUUUUGUUACAUGUAGACCGGUCAUCGGAGCUAGAGAGAGAGGUGCAGGAGCUGAGAGCCCAGCUGAGCAGGACAUCUGUCCUCAGUGAGGUGGACGAUCUCAGGAGGACUCUGGAGCGCAAAGACCGAGAGAGAACACAGCUCUGCAACCAGGUCGAGGUACGUGUGUGUAUGUGUGUGUGUGUCGAUAAGUAGAUGUGUGUAUGCAUGUCUGCCUGAAUGAGGUUAAAUCAGGUUAUCUUUGUGCCACAGCUUCUAUUUGCUGCAAACUCUCUCUUGAUCUGGUUAAAUGUGCCAAGUGAGAUGACAGUCAGAGUAGAACAUCAGUCGUUUAGCUAGCUAACAGUCAAUUAUCCGCCUCAUAGAGCUGAGAUCUGUCAGUUCACUGAAGGGAAAUAUCAAACCCUCCCCACUAAGCACAAAGAAAUAAACAAUAUUGUAGUGGAAAUAUUUUUACUUAAUGAAGUUAUAGUGGAUAUAUUUCCACAGUUUUUUAGUCUCUGCUACCUUCACUGAAUCUCUCUCUCUCUCGCUCUCGCCUCCCAUCCCACUCUCCCUCUCUCCUUCACCCCCUUCCUACCCCAGGCGUUGUCGUCAGACCUGGCGAGGCGCGAGCAGCAGCAGUUGAGGAUGUUGGAGCAGUUGAAGGAGAUCCAGGGCCGUUCGGAGGUGUGUGCUGCUGAGCGGGCCCGGGCCCUGCUCAGGGCUGAGGACACUGAGGCCCAGCUCCAGGACAGCUCCAUGAGAAGGGAGGAGCUGAAGACCAGAGCCCAGGAGGCAGUCAGACAGUGGAGGGCCAAGUGUAAGAGGAUGGAGAGGGACAUGGAGGAAUUGAGGGGACAGGCCCAGCUGGACACGGAGAAAGCCAAACAGGUCUGUAUUGAUGGUGCAUUGAAAGAGAUGCAUCAAAGUAUGUUUUGUGGAUGACCUGUUGCUGUUCAGAAGAGUGAUCAAAUGCACUCCUCUCAGUUACUCUUAGCAAAGCUUUCUAAUACUGAAAGAGCAACUGCCAAAGCGUUUCAGAGUCAUACUGGCCUUAUGAGGCUGAAGAACACAAGGCUCAUAUACAGGGGUGUGGAAGCGUGAGCUGCUAGAUCUACUGGGGCUGCUGGUAUGGGUGACUGGCCUUAGCUAAAUGAUUAGCUGUAGUCAGUCAGCCAGGCAUUAUUAGUGUGAAUGUCACCUUCCUGUUUUUUUCUGAGCAAUGAGUCACCUCCAAACUCUCUCCCCAGCAGCAGCUGACUGACUGACUGACACCUGGCUCUCUCUCUCUACGUGACAAGAAUGAAUACCCUGAAUAAUUUCUCCUCUUAAUAAAUUAGGAGGCAGAGAAUUAACUGCUCAAUUAACUGAUUAGGAGUGGAGCUCUGAGCUGGGACAAAGCCUUGCAGACAGUCCCUCAGACAGCAGAUUAGACAGUGGGGUGUUUUGUUAGAGUGGGAUCAGAGACGGAAAGGCGAACCAAUCUUUCUUAAACAGACCAUGGCUAGGCCUAUAGCCUUAAUACAGAUCUGAGCUGAGCGACAGCUUUUUACUAUCUACGUUGAAGCUGGUGUUUGCACUUUGCAUACAUUGUCCUCUCCACAUAUCUCUCCCUUCGUUUGUCUCACUCUCCUCCUUCUCGUCCUUUCCCUCUCCUCCCUCUCCUCUACCCCCAGGCGUGUAAGGAGAGAGAGCUGUCCCAGGCCCAGCUGAAAGCCCUCUCCCAGCAGGCUGAAGGGUUGCGCAGGGAGCUAGCAGAGGUGCUGGGGCGUCUGGCUCGGAGCGAGGAAGAGGUGCACCGUAAAGACGUGGAGCUGUCGGAGACGCGGGCGCGUCACCUUGGCCUAGAGCAGGAGUUAAGGGAGGUGAGGGAGGCCUCCAUUGCCCUGGAGGAGGAAGCCCAGCGGCAGUCUGUCCUGCAGGCCAGGCUCAGAGAGGAGAACCAGAGUCUGGAGGAGGAGGCCCAGCGGCAGUCUGUCCUGCAGGCCAGGCUCAGAGAGGAGAACCAGAGUCUGGAGGAGAGGGCCGAGGCCGUGGCCCGACGCAGCCAGAGAGACCAGGAGGUAGGCUACUUAAUAGCCGAGUCUGAAAUGUUACCCUAUUCCCUAAUAUAGUGUACUGCUUUUGCCCAGGGUCUAGACACUAAAACUUUGGACUUUUAAAAUAUAAAAUAACCAAGCAUAAAGUGACAUUCAUUUCUAAGGAGUUACGUAGCCUCCAGGCAGCCAUGAAGGAGUUAACCACCGCCCAUGCCCAGCUCACCACCCUUCUAGCUGAGGAGGAGGCAUCCAAGAGGGAGCUCCAGAGGAACGGGGCGGAGGGGGCGGUGCGGCUGGCCGCGGCCCAGGAGCAGAGGGCUUCCCUGGGGCAGCAGCUGGAGCUGGAGAGGGAGGUGCACCAGAAGGAGCUGGCCAGUGUCAGAGCCACUGUGCAGGACGGCAGGGCCAAGCAGGAUAGAGACAUACAGGAGACGCUACGACUCUGUAUGAAGGAGAGGAAUGAGAUGGAGCAACACCUCAAGGAGAUCAAGGUAGGUACUGGUUCAUGUAAGGCACGUUCACACUGCACCUUAGCCCAGGGCUAAGAACUCGGGGCUAGGUGAGUGUUCACACUUGCACAUUCUAAAGUGGGCUAGCACCAACCUUAGCCCAGGACUAGCUGGACCUGCUCCGGAGCAGGGUUAGCACCAACCUUUUCUUCUUGUGCUCUUGGUUCGUGUUCACAUCCUUUGCGGUUUAAAUGUUAACACAUCUCUGUGAAAUAAUAUUACCCCCAUUAUCCGUGAUUAGCUGCCAAACACUCCCUAUAUUAAAACCAAAUCAUUUAUUUUUAUUUUUAUUGUAUUUGUCACAUGCUUCGUAAACAACAGGUGUAGAAUAACAGUGAAAUUCUUACUUACGGGCCCUUCCCAACAAUGCAGAGAAGAAAAUAAAUGGGGUACCAGUACUGAGUCGAUGUGCAGGGGUACGAGGUAAUUGAAGUAGAUAUGUACAUAUAGGUAGGGAUAAAGUGACAAGGCAACAGGAUAGAUAAUAAACAGUAGCAGCAGCGUAUGUGAUGAGUCAAAAGAGUUGCAAAAAGGGUCAAUGCCGAUAUUCCAGGUAGCUAUUUGGUUAACUAUUUAACUAACUAUUUAGCAGCCUUAUGGCUUGGGGGUUAGAAGCUGUUAGGGUCCUGUUGGUUCCACGUCGGUACCGCUUGCCGUGCGGUGGCAGAGAGAACAGCCUAUGACUUGGGUGGCUGGAGGCUUUCUCUUCCUUCUCUGGGCUCGUGUUCACAAUCCUCCAUCUAUGGCAUCUAAGGCUCUUUUUUCAAAUUUCUUUCCUCGCUUGCUCAAAACACUGGAAGAAAACAUCCAUCUCCUAUGUUUUUUAAAAGGUUGGAGAUGGUUUCCAAUUUUAACACAUUUUUGUAUUUAAUUUUUUGAAAACUUUUUGCGCAUCCUCCCUGCAGGCGGAUGCAGCGUCGGACAAGGAGCUGGUGAGGGCCCUGCGUGUGAAGCUGGACAGGAUGAAGACCGAGUGUGACCGGAUGACAGAGGAGCUGAGCGGAGGAGAGGAGCAACGCUCACACCUUCGCAGGAAAUACCAGUUACUCAAGCAGGAACUGGAUGACAAGGUGAGCCCCAAAUGGUCUUUCCCAAAGACAUAGAUAGAUAGAAGCUUUUAACCACAGAUCUAAGAUCAACGUAAUGCUGGGCUUGAACAGACGCCUACGCAUCCUUUAUGACCACAGACAGUUUAGCUACAUUACUAAAGAAUAUCACCCAUCCACUCCUCUGUCAGACAUCACUGUAUUUAACUAAAGUAACUCAAGUUCUGCUGGAUCAGUAUCCACUGAGUGGCCUAGCUCUUAUUAACUUUACACACACAGACACGUUAAUGAUCCACACAUCCACACACAGCCUCCCUCUCCCCUGGCCCCCUGGUCGCUUAGUUUAUAUUGACAUAUUGAUUCAUGUAUCUCCAUAGAGACCCAGAGAGUAUUGACUCUAUGGGGAGGAGGAGCUGACACUAGAACGGUUCAUAAGGGAGUAAGUGGAGAGAGAGGUCAGAUGUUCAAGGUUGUCUCUGCCCUACCUGUCCAUCCGUCUGUCUGUUUUUCUCUAGAGUCUCUUCUGUUGUGAUAUUGGAAAUGGAAGCUUGGCCAAACUUCCAUUAUAGCAUUUUCCUCCACAUAGAGGAAGACCAAGCCAUAAUAACCACAGUUGUAAACGUGAGCUCUCUCUCUCUCUCUCUCUCCUCCUCUCUCUCUCUCUCCUCUCUCGUCUCUCUCUCUCCUCCUUCUCUCGCUCUCUCUCUCUAUCCUCUCUCUCCCGUCUCUCUCCUACUCUUCUCGAUCUAUUCCUCGCUCCAUUCUCUCUCUCUCUCGACUCUCGAGCACUCCUCUCUCGCUCUCUCUCUCGUACUCUCCUCCUCCUGAGCGGAUCGCUCUCUCUCCUCUCUCUAUCUAUCUCUCUUUCUCUCUCUCUACUCUCCUCUCUCGUCGUCUCUAUCUCGCUCCUCUCUCUCGUCUAUCUACUCUCUCUCUCUCUCUCUCUCUCUUCCUCCUCCAGGUGAAGUGCAUGGUUCAGGGAGAGGAGCGGAGGCGUGGGUCAGAGCAGGCUGUAGCUACACUAGAGGACAGACUGUCUCGUCUGGACACUGAACAGGAGUCCAUCCUCAGUUCUGUAGCAGAGGAGAUAGACGCUGCCUGCAGAGCACUGUCCAAGGACUCACAGGACAAACUCAAAGUAAACACCAUCAACUAUUCUCGAUAGGCACAUACUCCUACACACCUGGACCUAUUCCAUACUAACCCUCCCACACACCCAAACUUGUUCCAUACACACAUACCAUUGCCUACUCAUCCUUACCUAUUCCCCACACACAGACUUCUAUCUAAACCCGUAGCAGUGUUGUUGGAGAGGGGUGAAGAUAAAGGUUUUUGUCCGGGCGCCAGACAUGUAUUUACACUGCCGAUAUGAUUAGUGUAUAGGAGAGAGAGAGAGAGUAUUGCUACCAGACACACACACAUCAGCGGAAGAGACUGCCAAGUGUAGCCUGUUUGCCAGAUAGCCUGUGGAUAAGACACACCAUAUAUACACAAGUCACAGCACAGGGGUAACCCAACCAAUAAUACCUCAUACAGUAAUAAUGAUUAGAGUGACUCAGAGGUGACUUCGUAUAGGCAAUAGUUAUCAACAUUAAAUUAUUUGCAAUAAUCUGUAUUCAUUCACAGAGUGAGUUGGUACAUGAAUGUGUGAGUGUUUGUAGUCCAAAACAAAAAAAGCCUUUAAAUGUCCCAGUCUCUUUAAGGCAAUAUACAAUAUUCCCACAAUACCCUGUCCUGUUCCCUCGCCGCUGAGUUUAACGACCCCAGUUAGCCCUCUCUGCUCCAGCAUAUAGAUUUUCCAAUAUGCACCGAGGCGAGUCGGGCUAAUGCAAUGUUCCUCUGUCAUUUAUCAUGUUAAAAAAGAGUCAAACUGUGUCAAGGAUUGGGCUAAUGAGGGGGAUCAUUAGGGUUAAAGGUUAAGAAAGGAACAAGCAGCUUUAAGCUGUCUUUCAUGAACUAUUAGAUACUUAUAACACCUCCUUCAUGCUACUCCUCUUCUCCUUCUUCCUCUUGUUCCUUCCUUCUCCCCCUCCUCAUAUUCUUCAUCCUCCUUCCUCUCUUCCUUGUCAUCCUCCCCCUCUUCUCGCUCCUUGGUGGAGAUUUGAACAAACACCUGUUUAUGUAGGCAGUAUGCAUCACACAGACACAGACACUCACACCCCGCUCCGACAUCACUGCUCUGCUGCCUGUUCUACCCCGGUGCUGUGGCCCUCUUUCUUUCAUUUCACCUGGGUGCUGUCUGUCAAACAGAGCUUUUUACUCCUCCUAUAAUAUAUCCUGCACUUUCACACCUUUUAUCAGCCUCCCAACGUUACACACAAGGCUUUUGAUCACUGAAUGGAACAGGGAGAGAAAGAGGCAGGUUGCUCCACCUGUACAUGAUCACACUCUUUCACAUAGUUGUAGACGCACGUACGCGCACACACACAUGCAGGAAAGCAAGCACACACACACACACACACACACACGUACACACUUUCCGUUAUGCCCGACUCUGUCUUCCACUGCUGACCCAUGCAGAGACACAGGCUGUGUUGACAGCAGAGGGGUAUGUCAGGGGAGGAGACGUUUUCUUUUAUGUGACAGUCAGAGAAUGUCGUCUGUCUCUCCCCACUCUGUGUGUGAUGUUGCUGGAAUUGACCAUUUUGUAACUCCCACUCACCGUUCUGAGGAGGUGGGAGCAGUUUGGGGCUGAGGGUUUUCACACACUUGAUGGUUCCAAAGUUCUAAACCUAACUGUCUUUGUUAUUUCUAGGCCAUAUCCCUCAACCCUGGACUCCAGAAAGACCCUCAUCGCUGGUUGGCUGAGACCAAGGUGCACUACAUUAUCCAUCUUUUAUAGAGAUGCUUUAAAAGCAUUGACCUGCCUGUCGCUAUAGGAAGAAACUGCCAGUUCAUCAGGUUUUAUUUGGUGUGAAUGUGAGAGGUGGGGAAACAACCUGCAUGUGUGACAUUGUGUGUAAGAUUGCAUAUUACUGCAUUAUGAAAGGAGGCUGUGUAUGUAUGUGUGUGUGUGUGUGUGUGUGUGUGUGUGUGUGUGUGUGUGUGUGUAACAGUGUGUGUGUGUGUGUGUAACAGUGUGUGUGUAACAGUGUGUGUGUGUGUGUAACAGUGUGUGUGUGUGUGUAACAGUGUGUGUGUGUGUGUGUGUAACACACACACACACUGUAACAGUGUGUGUGUAUUCCAGACCAAGCUGCGUUGGCUGUGUGAGGAGGUGUCUGAGCGUGAGGCCAGAGAGAGGAAGCUGCGUCGGCAGGUCCAGCAGGACAGAGAACAGCUGAAGGGACUGAGACAGAGCAGAGACUCUGAACAACAGGCCCUGCUACAGAGACUGGACCAGCAGGAGAAACUACUGCACUCCAUCAGCACAGAGAAGAAAGGUAGGGCUGGAUCCGAUUGAUUCAUUCAUUCAUUGAUUGAGGGCCAACUUCUAAAGCUCCCGUACAUCAGUUUGAGAGCUGCAAUAUGGGCUCAUUCAGACUGGUUCUGUUCCAUCUAUACGGUUGCUAAUGAAUUGUCCGACAAGUAGCUAGCCUCAUUAUGGGAGUGCUCUCACUCUUUUUUUUUUGAGUGUUUCUAUCUGCGUGAGUGUCCUUGUUUCUGUCUAUAGUUCUUUGUUUGUGUUCAUUUCUGCAAAUGCACUUGUUUGUUUCUCUAAUUUCUUCACAUCCACACAGGAAAGCUGGUCUCGCUCCCAGUUUCUAAACUCAACUCUGGAUAAUGAGUUAGAGAAUGGGACCCAGCAGAGCAGGGUCAAAACAACCAGGGGAACCUCUGUCUAAUUCUAAACUCCCUCCUCCCUCUGUUUUACACAGACAGACAGACAGAGACAGACAGAGACAGACAGACAGACAGAGACAGACAGACAGAGACAGACAGACAGAGACAGACAGACAGAGACAGACAGACAGAGAGAGACAGACAGAGACAGACAGACAGAGACAGACAGACAGACAGAGACAGACAGAGACAGACAGAGACAGACAGACACAGACAGAGACAGACAGACAAAGACCUAAUCAACCAGUCCCUCUCAUUCAGAGGUGCUGUGCUGCUCUGCCUGGCUGGAAAACACAUGCACACACACACACAUGCACAUACUGACUGGAACAGCGGGCAUUGUGUAGUGAUGGGCGGAAAAAAUAGAUACAGUUACAUAUCGCUAUGUUAUUUUGGACAAUAUUAUAUCGAUGCUUCAAUAUUGUUUUUGCUAGGUAGCGUUAACUAGUGCUAAUCGGCUGUACCUGCGGCAAAACUCCAGUAUUUUUCAUCGUACAGCUAGUUUGUUCUCCACCUUCUAUUUAAAUAGGUAGAUAGGCUUGCGGUUAAGAGCGUUGGGCCAGUAACCGAAAGGUCGCUGGUUCGAAUCCCAAGCCGACUAGAGUCCUCUUUUCCACUCGCACUUAAAAGGGCCUAAUUCGAGGUGACUCGAGUGGAAUUCUCAAAUUCAAGCUGGUUCAAGGGAAACCAGGGCCAGCGCAGCCCAGUUUCACAACUGGUGCCAGCCCGACUAGAAUUCUGGCUGGUGACGCCGUUACUAUGCAACCACCAGCUGAUCACUGCUGGAUGCUGACAACGUUUAGCUAGCUCGUCUGGGCUUGUUGCUGUUAGCUAGCACAUGGACAAGCAGUUCUGCAGUAGUCAGACUUGACACAAAUGACCACCGUAGCUUCAUUCAUUUUUUUGCUACACAAUAAACUUUUAUGAGAACAGUCAUCCCUCUAAUGGUAGCUACCUAAUGUUAGCCAGCAAAUCAGUUGAAACAAGCUCUCUAGCUAACGUGAGCUAGCAGGAAUUAUAGCUGGCUAGGUUGUAUUUAAAGCUAGCUAGCUACAUCAUAUCAAAUUUGUCGUCUAGUUUGCUUGGUUAGUUUGCUCCUGUAAGUCACUCUGGAUAAGAGCAUCUGCUAAAUGACUAAAAUGUAAAUAGUGAGCCAACAUGUUUUCAGCAUUUUUAUUUCCAUGACUGAUCAAAACUCAUUUUCUCAUGCUCUCUCUUGUCUCUCUGCAGCAGACAUACAGUGCAUUCGGAAAGUAUUCGGACUCCUUGACUUUUUCCACAUUUUGUUACGUUACAGCCUUUUUCUAAAAUUGAUUAAAUACAUUUUUUCCCUCAUCAGUCUACACACAGUACUCCAAAAUUACAAAGUGAAAACAGAUCUUUAGAAAAUUGUGCAAAUUUAUAUUAAAAUAAAUAUUCAGACUCUUUACUCUAUACUUUGUUGAAGCACCUUUGGCAGAGAUUACAGCCUUGAGUCUUCUUGGGUAUGACGCUACAAGCUUGGCACACCUGUAUUUGGGGAGUUUCUCCCACCCUUCUCUGCAGAUCCUCUCAAGCUCUGUCAGGUUGGAUGGGGAGCGUCGCUGCACAGCUAUUUUCAGGUCUCUCCAGAGAUGUUCGAUCGGGUUCAAGUCCGGUGUCUGGCUGGGCCACUCAAGGACAUUCAGAGACUUGUCCCGAAGCUACUCCUGCGUUUUCUUGGCUGUUUUUGCUUUGUCAUUAUGGGGUAUUGUGUGUAGAUUGAUUAGGGGGGGAAAAAAACUAUUUAAUCCAUUUUAGAAAAAGGCAGUAACGUAACAAAAUGUCGAAAAAGUCAAGGGUUCUGAAUACUUGAGCAAUAUGUUUGGAACAUCAAAUCGCAAUAAAUUCGCUGUAUCGAAUAGCAAUGCAUAUAGAUUUGUGGGAAUCGCAAUAUAUAUCGUAUCUGCACCUAAGUAUUGUGAUAAUAUCGUGUUGUGAGGUCCCUGGCAAUUCCCAGCCCUAGCAUUGUGGAUCCUAGACACCAUAAUAAUGAUGCUGUCUAACCCCCAACUCUGCCUUACCCUUGGCAAAGAGGCUGGUAGCAGUAUAUCUUUGGCGCUAUUUGGUACAAAACAACAGAAAACUAAAUUGGGCCAUCUGGAAAUGUUCUCUCUCAUUAGGAACGAACAACAACACAUCUUAGGUGUAUUUGUUCUAUCUAGAUCCAAGGUUCACUGGGUGCACUCCUCAUGUCUUUGAUCAUCGUAACUUAUUGCUGACAGUUGCUGCCAGUGCCAGUGUUAUUUUCUCCCUCUUACCUUUCAAUUGCUUAAGUUCUGGUCACCCAACUUAAAGGACAAGUGCAGGCAAAAACUUGAUUUUCCGGUGCUUUAUAUAUAUUUACACACUAUGAGGUUGGAAUAAUUCAGUGGAAUUGUGAAAAUGAUGAUAAUGCCCUUUUAGUGUAAGAGCUGUUUAAAAUACUUUGAAAUUAGUUAAUAGAACGAUAAGAAAAAGUGUUCCAAACCUCUCUGCCAAUAACAGCUAGUUUUCAGUUUUCCCCUCCCCACUCAGACCACUCCCAGACAGUCCUAGCAAAAUUAUUCCUUCAGAAAUUGCUCUUUGCUAAGAAGCUUUUUUUGUUUAUUUUUUAACAUUUUAAUUGAAAACAAUCACAGUUGAUAUUGAGAUAAAAAUGGCUGCAUUGGACCUUUAACUUUUGCCUUCUUUCUAAAACACUACUGUGGUACAUUUCAGAGGAACUUUUUCACUUGCAUAAGGUUGAACUUUUAACGCCUCCCUCUUUACUAAAAAACUGUCUGUGGUAGAUAGCUGUUGGAUUACAGGUCUUGCCUCAGUAACUGACUUCCACAGAUUUAGAUUAAACAGAGAUACUGACUGAGCGAGGAGAGGAGGCACUUUGGCAGUCUGUGACUUUCUCUCUCACGUCAUGGCCCGUCGUCUUUAGACCCAUUUAGACUGCCAGAGUCUCGCUGGCGCCAUCUGGAGAUUGGCAAAUGGCUUAGUGGCUGCUUGGGUAUUCCUGAGGUGGCGGCAUGGGGUCCCGGCUGGGUGGGCACGGGGUGGUGUGUAUGUGUGCGCCUGUGUGUGAGUGUGAGUGACAGAAGUGGGUGGUGCGGCAGGGACUGAGGGACAAGGAUAGAAAGCAGUCAUCCAAUGCCUAGUGAUUGAAUAUUGAAUAUGUGCUAGACAGCACUGAGGGAGUGGGAGACCAAUGAGCAGCAAUCACAGCAAUCUAUUUGAUUUUACCAAGUUUAGGGAGGUGUUGAGACUUGACAGCAAGGUUGUUCAGAAUAGAAAAAGUUUCAUAGCUACUGAUAGCAUGGCUAGUCAAGGUGUUAAGACUGUGGGUCCCAAAUGCCUCUGUCUAUGUGGAUAUUAUAUUAGAUGGUAAUUAUUCAUGUGUUUGUCUCAUUAAAGAGCUCUUGGAGAAGACUCGGAGGAAGGAAGAUGAGAUGAGAAGUCUUCAGGUGAGCCAGAAACUCAUGUUAGGCCUUGCUCCUCUGUCUGAACAAUGCAGCCUGCUGUCCAGGGAUCCAACACACAGACUCACCCUCAGACAGAGUACCCUGUUAUAGUAUUAGUACCACCCCCUCACUCUCUAAUAUUAAACAUCACUACACACCAUCCCCAAUCCAGCUAUAACUUCCGAAACCCCAUGGCAGUCCUGUCCAGUCACACAGUCUGUUUUCCAUUUUCUCCUCAAAGUGGUGUGUGUAGGCGUGUGUGUGUGUGUGUGUGUGUGUGUGUGUACUGGGGCCCAUCUGUGUCUGUACGUGUGCACCUGCUAUAAUUAAUCAGUCCCCUCAGACCCAGCCAGGCCUUUAAUUAAGAAGAAUGAGGAGUCGAGUUCAGCCACACACUGUUGCUACCCAACAGCCAGCGCAGUCACAGGACGGAGGGAAGAGGGGAGGAGGGGGAGAGAGGGAGGGAAUCUAGCAGGUGUGGGGAUGGAUGAGUGACAGGCCGAUAAGACGCAUCGCAUCACUUAUGCAUCAUUAGAGACCCAACAUCACUCAGGAGUCAGAUGAGAGGGAGGAGAGAGACGAGCGUGUUCUCAACAGCUUCUUCUGUUCCAUCCCCUGUUGCUUGUUUAUUGGCAAUACACAUGCCGUGCUGACUCACUCACUGUUUAGUGGUUUAAGAUUUGACAUUCUUUCAGUCGCUCAUACACGUCUCUUGGUCAUUAAACAAUAAGUAACUGUAGUUCUUGUGUCUUCACAGGAUCGUAUCUUGGAUCUGGAGAUGGUGAGAUUUUACUGUUUAUACACUACAUGACCAAAAGUAUGUGGACACCAGCUCGUCGAACAUCUCAUUCCAAAAUCAUGGGCAUUAAUAUGGAGUUGGUCCCCCCUUUGCUCCUAUAACAGCCUCCACUCUUCUGGGAAGGCUUUCCACUAGAUGUUGGAACAUUGCUGCGGGGACUUGCUUCCUUUCAGCCACGAGCAUUUUUGAGGUCGGGCACUGAUGUUGGGCGAUUAGGCCUGGCUUGUAGUCGGCGUUCCAAGCCAUCCCAAAGGUGUUCGAUGGGGUUGAGGUCAGGGCUCUGUGCAGGCCAGUCAAGUUCUUCCACACCGAUCUCGACAAACCAUUUCUGUAUGGAUCUCGCUUUAUGCAUGGGGGCAUGGUCAUGCUGAAACAGGAAAGGACCUUCCCCAAACUGUUGCCACAAAGUUGGAAGCACAGAAUCGUCUAGAAUGUAAUUGUAUGCUGUAGUGUUAAGAUUUUCCUUCACUAGAACUAAGGGGCCUAGCCUGAAACCAUGAAAAACAGCCCCAAACAUUACAGUUGGCACUAUGCAUUGGGGCAGGUAGCGUUCUCCUGGCAUCCGCCAAACGCAGAUUAUUCCGUUGGACUACCAGAUGGUGAAGUGUGAUUCAUCACUCCAGAGAACGUGUUUCCACUGCUCCAGAGUCCAAUGGCGGCACGCUUUACACCACUCCAGCCGAUGCUUGGCAUUGCGCAUGGUGAUCUUAGGCUUGUGUGCGGCUGGCUUUUUACAUGCUUCAGCACUCGGCAGUCCCGUUCUGUGAGCUUGUGUGGCCUACCACUUAGCAGCUGAGCCGUUGUUGCUCCUAGACGUUUCCACUUCACAAUAACAGCACUUACAGUUGACCGGGGCAGCUCUAGCAGGGCAGAAAUUUGACUAACUGACUUGUUGGAAAGGUGGCAUCCUAUGACGGUGCCACGUUGAAAGUCACUGAGCUCUUCAGUAAGGCCAUUCUACUGAGUGUGUUUCCUUUUAAUAUAGCAAACAAAACUUAUUAACAGAUAUAUGGCUUCCCUCUUGAUAGCUUGAUGGACUCAAACUAGAGAAGGUUUGUUUGUAAACUUUGAUGCCUAACUUGAAAAUGGUUAAUUGUUAGUGAUUGUUUUUAUAGAAGUGCUGAGCAUCAUUCAAUCACCAUAAAGGUAACAUGAUCAGGUAUAUGUAAGGAUCAUUAGACACUGACAAGGGUCCACUGACUCAACAACAAACAUUGACCCCUGGCAGGAGAAUGUAAACACCCCACUCAAACAUCCGUUAUCACCCGCUCCACGUCAUGUCAGCCCAAACAGACAGACACAUUCGUUAGGGAUAUCGAAAGGCCGUAUUGACCUAAGAGUAUUUAUGGGCAGUGAAGCUAUGAAGCGAUCUGUAUUCUCUCUCUAUCCAUCACAAUUAUGUGUCGCGGCCAGCGGCCUCGACUUCAAUUAGCUUUAAUAAAAACCCUGCGAAGCCCAUCCAUUCAGAUCAUUCCUGCUUACUGCUACAACAUGGUGGCACAGGGUAUCGACCUGUGUGUGUAUGUACAGUGCAUUCGGAAAUAUUGAGACCCCUUCCCCUUUUCCACAUUUUGUUACGUUACAGCCUUAUUCUAAAAUGUAUUUAAAGAUGUCCUCAUCAAUCUACACACUAUCCCAUUAUGACAAACCGAAAACAGGUUUUUAGAAAUGUUUGCAAAUGUAUACAAAAAAUAAAUAAAAAAAUACCUUAUUUACAUAAGUAUUCAGACCCUUUGCUAUGAGACUCAAAAUUGAGCUCAGGUGCAUCCUGUUUCUAUUGAUCAUCCUUGAGAUGUUUCUACAACUUGAUUGGAGUCCACCUGUGGUACAUUCAAUUGAUUGGACAUGAUUUGGAAAGGCACACACCUGUCUAUAUAAGGUCCCACAGUUGAAUUGUCCGUAGAGCUCCGAGACAGGACUGUGUCGAGGCACAGAUCUGGGGAAGGGUACCAAAACCUUUCUGCAGCAUUGAAGGUCCCCAAGAACACAGUGGCCUCCAUCAUUCUUAAAUGGAAGAAGUUUGGAACCACAAAGACUCCUCCUAGAGCUGGCCACCCGGCCAAACUGAGCAAUCGGGGGAGAAGGGCCUUGGUGAGGGAGGUGACCAAGAACCCGAUGGGCACUCUAACAGAGCUCCAGAGUUCCUCUGUGGAGAUGGGAGAACCUUUCAGUAAGACAACCAUCUCUGCAGCACUCCACCAAUCAGGCCUUUAUAAUAGUGGCCAGACGGAAGCCACUCCUCAGUAAAAGGCACAUGACAGCCCGCUUGGAGUUUGCCAAAAGGCACCUAAAGGACUGACCAUGAGAAACAAGAUUCUCUGGUCUGAUGAAACCAAGAUUGAACUCUUUGGCCUGAAUGCCAAGCGUCACGUCUGGAGGAAACUUGGCACCAUCCCUACGGUGAAGCAUGGUGGUGGCAGCAUCAUGCUGUGGGGAUGUUUUUCAGCAGCGGGGACUGGGAGACUAGUCAGGAUCGAGGGAAAGAUGAUCAGAGCACAAAGUACAAAGUACAGAGAGAACCUUGAUGAAAACCUGCUCCAGAGCGCUCAGGACCUCAGACUGGGGCGAAUGUUCACCUUCCAACAGGACAACAACCCUAAGCACACAGCCAAGAUAACGCAGGAGUGGCUUCAGGACAAGUCUCUGAAUGUCCUUGAGUGGCCAGAGCCCAGUCUUGAACCCGAUCAAACAUCUCUGGAGAGUGAUAUGGAGUGAUAGCCUUCCUUCUUCAAGAUCCCUUUUACCCUGUACAAAUCUCCCACAUCACCACCACCAAAGCACCCCCAGACCAUCACAUUGCCUCCACCAUGCUUGACAAAUUGCAUCAAGCACUCCUCCAGCAUCUUUUCAUGUUGUUCUUUGUGAUCCGAACACCUCAAACUUCAAUUCGUCUGUCCAUAACACUUUUUUCCAAUAUUCCUCUGUCCAGUGUCUGUGUUCUUUUGCCCAUCUUAAUCUUUUCUUUUUAUUGGCCAGUCUGAGAUAUGGCUUUUUCUUUGCAACUCUGCCUAGAAGGUCAGCAUCCCGGAGUCGCCUCUUCACUGUUGACGUUGAGACUGGUGUUUUGCGGGUACUAUUUAAUGAAGCUGCCAGUUGAGGACCUGUGAGGCGUCUGUUUCUCAAACUAGACACUAAUGUAUUUGUCCUCUUGCUCAGUUGUGCACCGGGGUCUCCCACUCCUCUUUCUAUUCUGGUUAGAGCCAGUUUGCGCUGUUCUGUGAAGGGAGUACUACACAGCGUUGUACGAGAUCUUCAGUUUCUUGGCAAUUUCUCGCAUGGAAUAGCCUUCAUUUCUCAGAACAAGAAUAGACUGACGAGUUUCAGAAGAAAGUUAUUUGUUUCUGGCCAUUUUGAGCCUGUAAUCAAACCCACAAUUGCUGAUGCUCCAGAUACUCAACUAGUCUCAAGAAGUACAGUUUUAUUGCUCCUUUAAUCAACACAACAGUUUUCAGCUGUGCUAACAUCAUUGCAAAAGGGUUUUCUAAUGAUCAAUUAGCCUUUUAAAAUGAUAAACUUGGAUUAGCAAACACAACGUGCCAUUGGAACACAGGACUGAUGGUUGCUGAUAAUGAGCCUCUGUACGCCUAUGUACAGUGAGGGAAACAAGUAUUUGAUCCCCUGCUGAUUUUGUACGUUUGCCCACUGACAAAGAAAUGAUCAGUCUAUAAUUUUAAUGGUAGGUUUAUUUGAACAGUGAGAGACAGAAUAACAAAAACAAUUUCCAGAAAAACGCAUGUCAAAAAUGUUAUAAAUUGAUUUGCAUUUUAAUGAGGGAAAUAAGUACUUGACCCCCUCUCAAUCAGAAAGAUUUCUGGCUCCCAGGUGUCUUUUAUACAGGUAACGAGCUGAGAUUAGGAGCACACUCUUAAAGGGAGUGCUCCUAAUCUCAGUUUGUUACCUGUAUAAAAGACACCUGUCCACAGAAGCAAUCAAUCAAUCAGAUUCCAAACUCUCCACCAUGGCCAAGACCAAAGAGCUCUCCAAGGAUGUCAGGGACAAGAUUGUAGACCUACACAAGGCUGGAUUGGCUACAAGACCAUCGCCAAGCAGCUUGGUGAGAAGGUGACAACAGUUGGUGCGAUUAUUCGCAAAUGGAAGAAACACAAAAUAACUGUCAAUCUCCCUCGGCCUGGGGCUCCAUGCAAGAUCUCACCUCGUGGAGUUGCAAUGAUCAUGAGAACGGUGAGGAAUCAGCCCAGAACUACACGGGAGGAUCUUGUCAAUGAUCUCAAGGCAGCUGGGACCAUAGUCACCAAGAAAACAAUUGGUAACACACUACGCCGUCCGUGAAGGACUGAAAUCCUGCAGCGCCCGCAAGGUCCCCCUGCUCAAGAAAGCAUAUAUACAUGCCCGUCUGAAGUUUGCCAAUGAACAUCUGAAUGAUUCAGAGGAGAACUGGGUGAAAGUGUUGUGGUCAGAUGAGACCAAAAUGGAGCACUUUGGCAUCAACUCGCCGUGUUUGGAGGAGGAGGAAUACUGCCUAUGACCCCAAGAACACCAUCCCCACCGUCAAACAUGGAGGUGGAAACAUUAUGCUUUGGGGGUGUUUUUCUGCUAAGGGGACAGGACAACUUCACCGCAUCAAAGGGACGAUGGAAGGGGCCAUGUACUGUCAAAUCUUGGGUGAGAACCUCCUUCCCUCAGCCAGGGCAUUGAAAAUGGGUCGUGGAUGGGUAUUCCAGCAUGACAAUGACCCAAAACACACGGCCAAGGCAACAAAGGAGUGGCUCAAGAAGAAGCACAUUAAGGUCCUGGAGUGGCCUAGCCAGUCUCCAGACCUUAAUCCCAUAGAAAAUCUGUGGAGGGAGCUGAAGGUUCGAGUUGCUAAACGUCAGCCUCGAAACCUUAAUGACUUGGAGAAGAUCUGCAAAGAGGAGUGGGACAAAAUCCCUCCUGAGAUGUGUGCAAACCAGGUGGCCACCUACAAGAAACGUCUGACCUCUGUGAUUGCCAACAAGGGUUUUGCCACCAAGUACUAAGUCAUGUUUUGCAGAGGGGUCAAAUACUUAUUUCCCUCAUUAAAAUGCAAAUCAAUUUAUAACAUUUUUGACAGGAUGUUGUUAUUCUGUCUCUCACUGUUCAAAUAAACUUACCAUUAAAAUUAUAGACUAAUCAUGUCUUUGUCAGUGCGCAAACGUACAACAUCAGCAGGGGAUCAAAUACUUUUUUCCUUCACUGUAGAUAUUCCAUUUAAAAUCAGCCGUUUCCAGCUACAAUAGCCAUUUACAACAUUAACAAUGUCUACACUGUAUUUCUGAUCAAGUUGAUGUUAUUUUAAUGGACAAAACAAUUGCUUUUCUUUCGAAACAAGAACAUUUCUAAGUGACCCCAAACUUUUGAACGGUAGUGUACAUAUCCUUUUAAAAAAUAUAUUUCCCUUUAUUACUUUCCAACCCCACCACCCCUUCCCUAAUUGGAGUAAACUAGUGAACAACAAUGCUUAGGCCUCUACUUCCAGCUUAUACAUACUAUAUACAUUUUAUGGACACAGUCAAUUUUACAAGAAUUAUAUUUUGUUUGUUUUUACUCCUGCACUUCCUCUACCCACAACCUCUCCGAUCAUUUUCAUGAUGUCCAUCUGGUUUGCUUCUAUAUGCCAUAUCUUUCUAACUGUGCUCUUUCACAAAAGCUCUCAACCUAUAACCUAUAUACUUAUUAUGGACACAGUAUGCUUUACAUUAGUUAUCUUGUUGUUAGUUGUUGUUAGUUGUAAUUAGUCCCAUCCUUCAGCUCCAUUCAACACCUCCCAUCUAUCACUUAACACCAUCCAUAUUGGAUUUCUAUUUGCCAUAUCUUUUUCAACUGUACUGUGAUGUUUCACAAAAGUUCUGAAUCCUUCCAUUCUCAUUGUUUCUACAGAUUGUAAAUCUGGGUGAAAUACUUACUGACUCGAGACAUUUCAGCUUUUCAUUUUUAAUUAAUUUGUAAAAAUAUCUAAAAAACAUAAUUCCACUUUGACAUUAUGGGGUAUUAGGUGUAGUCCAGUGACAAAAGAUCGCAAUUUAAUCCAUUUUAAAUUCAGGCUGUAACACAACAAAAUGUGGAAAAAGUCAAGGGGUGUGAAUACUUUCUGAAGGAACUGUACAUGUAUUGUGUAGAAAAGAAAUAACGGCACACUGCACUUUCCUAGUAUCACUAGUUCAUUUAAGCUCACUUAUAGCAGCCUACUGCCUUUGUCAGAGCUUUAGUACAUUGCGUGACAGUACAAUAAAGCCUUUUGAAUUGACAUGAAUAGUAGUUGGAAAUAGCACCUUGCUGUGUUGUAUUGUGGGUAAAGCUAAUGUGCAGUAUAUUAACCUCCCUGUAUUCCUUUAUCUAUUCAGAGCACCAGGCUGGCGGUAGAUCACCUGGAGUCAGUCCCUGAGAAGCUGUGUCUGCUGGACAACUUCAAAGACCUAGAGGUGAGGCUCACUGGGGAGACCUGGGAUGUACUGAAUAUAUGGGUCAUUCCACGAAAUGAGGGCCUUUUGCAUCCCUUUGAUAUUCUAAGUAGAAAUUGUGCACAAAUAUUGAAUUUUAAAAGCUUGUUAUAUUAAACUAAGUGCCCUUUAAUAUAGACCACAUGGAGAAUUCCAUAAAUCUGAUAUUUAAUAUGAAAAAAGACUUGCUAAAGUGACUAAAUUCAGCAUUUUGACAUGUCCCUCUGUGCAUCCUCUGUGACUUCUAGGAAGAUUUUAACCCACUUAACCCCAACUUUUCUCCAAAGCUUUCACCAUCAUUGUAAUGCCCUAAUUAUUUUGUUGCUUUGACAAAGUCAUUUCUGAAGAUUAUUAUUUCUAUUGUGAUACAUUUUAAGGUAAAUAAAACAUCUGUCCUUCAUUUUAACGGGAUACUUCAGGAUUUUGAAGCCCUUUAUCUACUUACCCAGAGUCAGAUGAACUUGUGGAUACCAUUUUCCUUCAUACUGGACACAGAGACAUAAAAAUGGUAUCCAUGAGUUCAUCUGACACUGGGGAAAUAGAUCAAGGGCUUCAUUGACAAAAUCCCGAAAUAUCCCUUUAAGGUCAACACUGUUACAUGAACAGAACUCUCGUUUUAAUAUGGUAAAACUAUUCCUUUUUAAGUAUUUUUUUCAAAAGAGACAUUUAACACCUACUAGUGAAAUCAUAGUGUAAAAGCAGGUGAGCUCGUUCUACUCUUUUUGGCCUUUUUCUCGUGUUUUGUGGUGGAAAACUCAGCGGGUCGAGCAUAACACGUCAACCCUGUUACCCAUAGAUAGACAGGCUAUAAUUUUUUUACCAAUUGACAUUUUUUUGUGAAGCUUGCAUUCAAUUGCCCCUCCCUGUUGCACACAACAAGCUUCCAUGGCUGACUUAAGAUGAAGUCAUCAACCCUGUUACGGUCAACCCUUUAACUUUAUUUGGGACUUAUUAGGUACUUACUAUAGUCAUUCUUUUAUUGAACCUCUUGAGAUGGGAAAAGGUGUUUUUUAUUAAGUUGAACAUCUGUUUAUGACAGAAUGUUAAAAUAAGGUGAAAUACACCUUAUUAUCACCAAGUUACACUAAAAAGGCAUCUAAUUGGUGGAACGACCCAUAUGUCUAUAGGGGAGACCUGCGGCCUGGGUCUUUCUAUGUGUUUGAUCUCUUCUUAAUCUUAGUGACUUGAUUCUAAAAAAAGACACCAACCUAGGUGUCUAUCGAACCUGAUCCUAGAUCUGUGCAACUUCAACUUCAAACCGAUUUUGUGAUGAGUUCCAUUUUGUGCCUGGUUUGUGUAGUGAGUGACUGUUUCCAUGUUGUUUAUAUAGGAGUCACAGCGGCAGAAGGAGUUGGUGGAACAACGUUACAUCAAAUACAAAGAGAUCGUUGGAGUCCUGCAGCACCAGCUGGAUGAGUCCAAACGACAGAUACAGGAGUGCAGGGUACUGGACUACAUUACCCACAAUGCACUUUAUGUAUAUCCUACAUCAAAUAUCAGCUUUAUGAUACCUACAAACCCAAGUAGAGACUUUGCCACUUUGCCAUUUCAAUACUUGGCCUGUUCAAAGAGCACUUUGUACUCUUACUCCCAGAGCUAUCCAGCCUAUGACACCUGCUGAGUUCACUGGUGUAUCGUUUGUCCACAACUGGCAUUUGCAUCUAGUAUGAAUAUUCCAAGCCAAUGUUGGCAAACACAAUUGACAGAGUGAGACAGAGGGUAAUAACUUCCAAUCAGUCCUAAUCAUCGUAUUUAUCUUCUCACGCGGCCAACAGAGAAGCAUCAUUGCAUUGUUGACAGCAGAUUGCCAUCAGUGUGUGUCUUCCCCCCUCACAGCAGCCACAUCGUAGACACACACACAGCAGCCACAUCGUAGCCACUUCUUAAAGUGCAUUAAUCUGCCAGACGACUCUGCUGCGUUGCCAAACGACUCCCGUGUUGAUCCAUAAGUGCUGAUUGCAUUAGUGCCUAAUGGCAAGCCGCCCACCAGGAGUUUAUUUAAAGAAAGUAGAAUGAAGAAAAGUCUUCAUCUACUUAGCUUUCACUUUGAUUGCAGUUAGCAGCAAUCUGUUUCAGUACAGAAUGCUGAUAGUGUCUGUUCUCAUUUAACGCUGGUCCUGGGGACCCACAGGAUAAGCACUGAGCAGAACUUUUUUGCAGCCUAGUAUUUUAACACCUGAUCAACUAAUCAAAAGCUUGAAGAUUGGUUGCUUAGUUUAAUCCAUCGUGCUAGUGUUGGACUGGAACAAAACCCUGCUCGCCCUGUUGGCUCAACCAGGACAAAGUCUAAAGAGCACUGCAAUAAUACAUUUCACAUAAGGUUGGAUGUUAUGCCAGUUUGCAGUGUGUGUGUGUGUGUGUACUCAAGACUGUACCCUCUUCCAGGAUGACAAGUUGGAUGCUACAACUCGGAGCAUUCGAUUAGCUGCUCUGUCCUCCUCCAUAAGAGGCCCUAGCACUUUCCUCACCAGCUCCAUGCUUACUGACACCACAUGUGAGUACACAGCCGCAAUGUUCACCUCUUGUCUCCUCUUGAAGAAGGCAACGGUUGUGAUAUGUGGUUGUUUUACCUACUUCAGUUGACUGCACUGAUUGUAAUAGCGUCUGCUAAAUGUAAUGUCUCAGACUCUGUAAUGUAAACAAACUCUGUGAAAGAAGCAUUGCGUUAAAUAGCCCUAAAACAUGACUCUUAAUAGGUUGUGCUUAGUGUUGUAACUCCUCCCUUUGUCCCUGUGGUCCUUAGCUCCACACAAACGCCUGGCCUCUCCAGACUGCACCCUGGACUAUAGCCUUUCUCUGGACCACCGAGCCUCUCCUGCUGUCAACGGUGCCCACUCUCACUCUAUCUCCGACCACCUCAACAGUAAAACAUAGUGCCCACCAUCAGGAAUUCACACUGGUUACAUACAUGUAUUCAUCAACAAGCCUUACAUUAUAGAGUUGGAUAGAGGGCUCACACAGAAGUGUGUUUUAACAUGGGCAUAGAGGCAAAGAUAGUUUCUAAGUCUAUGCCUUACUGACAGGACAAUCAACACCCAUCUCUAUGCAGUACCCUGGUUGCAAACCAUCACAACAGUCUUCCAUGACUACCUCAACCAAAAAAACAGCCAACCAAGCCAAGCUGCGUAACUAGCAGCCAACCUAGAAAACAGCUAGCAUGAAGCCAAGCAUACCUACUAAGUGCGAUUGUGAUAAGUAAAGCAGGGUUAAACCUAGUGGAGGGUUCAUAGCACAUAGCUUGGGAUAUCUUAUAAGAGAACCACCAAAUGUAGCACUGUGAAAGACGAUUGUAGCUUUUUUAUAAACUGAUAUUGAUGAAGAUUUUUCAUUGAAUGUUACUUUGUGCAAAGAAAGCAUGCACAGCUUAAAAAACCCAUGAAGUUUGACUGAAAAUAGAUUGAAGAACCAGUGAUAAGCCAAAGUAGGUCAACAUUCCAACAUUUCAUACUAAAGUUACAUUUUUGUAUAUAUAUAUAUAUGUAUUUCAACACUCAAACACUUAUAUGAAAAACACUGAUUUAUGUCCCAAUUUUUGUUUUUUUAUUACAGUUUUUGUACUCUGAUGUUAUCAUGCCAAUGUGUUUUAUCGGAAAGAUUAAAUGUGAUUAUUAUAUUUAUGCUGACAUUCUGUGAAAGCUGUGGUGCCUUUCUAACUUUAUGUAGCCUAUGCAUUAACCAUAUAUAAUGUUUUGUGCCUGUGCUGUACCUGUGCAUUCAUUCAACAGACUUGACAAGUCACAAUGAGUUUGUUUUUCUAUUCAAACGUUUUUACCACUACCUUAAUUAUAAAAAAAAAA